GAUCAGGGCCGGGCCGGGGCCGCGCCGCCUGCGAUGCCGGGCGCCCGCCGCAGCCGCCGCCGCCGGAACCCGGGAUGGGGCGAGAGGCUGCGGCGGAUGCCAGCAUCUCCCCGCCGGGGGCCCCGGGGGCCGCGGAGCCGCCGCCGCCGCUGCUGCCACCGCUGCUGAGACCCGGCAGGCGAUGGGAUGAAGAUGAGACGCUACAAGCUCUUUCUCAUGUUCUGUAUGGCCGGCCUGUGCCUCAUCUCCUUCCUGCACUUCUUUAAGACCCUGUCCUACGUCACCUUCCCCAGAGAACUGGCCUCCCUCAGCCCUAACCUCCUGUCCAGCUUCUUCUGGAACAAUGCCCCCGUCACGCCCCAGGCCAGCCCAGAGCCGGGGAGCCCCGACCUGCUGCGUACCCCACUCUAUUCCCACUCACCCCUGCUCCAGCCGCUGCCCCCCAGCAAGGCCGCCGAGGAACUCCACCGCAUGGACUUCGUGCUCCCCGAGGACACCACCGAGUAUUUCGUCCGCACCAAAGCCGGGGGUGUCUGCUUCAAACCGGGCACCAAGGUGCUGGAGAAGCCCCCGUCGGGGCGGCCAGAGGAGAAGACGGAGGGGGGCGAUGGCUCAUCUGCCCGCGGCCCAGCCCGGCACCUGCUGAGUGCCCGGGAGCGCACGGGGGGCCGGGGCACGCGGCGCAAGUGGGUGGAGUGCGUGUGCCUGCCAGGCUGGCACGGGCCCAGCUGCGGGGUGCCCACCGUGGUGCAGUACUCCAACCUGCCCACCAAGGAGCGCCUGGUGCCCAGGGAGGUGCCGCGGCGCGUCAUCAACGCCAUCAACGUCAACCACGAGUUCGACCUGCUGGACGUGCGCUUCCACGAGCUGGGCGACGUGGUGGACGCCUUCGUGGUGUGCGAGUCCAACUUCACGGCCUACGGGGAGCCCCGGCCGCUCAAGUUCCGGGAGAUGCUGACCAACGGCACGUUCGAGUACAUCCGGCACAAGGUGCUCUACGUCUUCCUGGACCACUUCCCGCCGGGCGGGCGGCAGGACGGCUGGAUCGCCGACGACUACCUGCGCACCUUCCUCACCCAGGACGGCCUGGCGCGGCUGCGCAACCUGCGGCCCGACGACGUGUUCAUCAUCGACGACGCGGACGAGAUCCCCGCGCGCGACGGCGUGCUCUUCCUCAAGCUCUACGACGGCUGGACCGAGCCCUUCGCCUUCCACAUGCGCAAGUCCCUCUACGGCUUCUUCUGGAAGCAGCCGGGCACGCUGGAGGUGGUGUCGGGCUGCACCGUGGACAUGCUGCGCUCGGUGUACGGGCUGGACGGCAUCCGCCUGCGCCGCCGCCAGUACUACACGAUGCCCGCCUUCCGGCAGUACGAGAACCGCACGGGCCACAUCCUGGUGCAGUGGUCGCUGGGCAGCCCCCUGCACUUCGCCGGCUGGCACUGCUCCUGGUGCUUCACCCCCGAGGGCAUCUACUUCAAGCUCGUGUCUGCCCAGAACGGGGACUUCCCGCGCUGGGGCGACUACGAGGACAAGCGGGACCUCAAUUACAUCCGGAGCCUGAUCCGCACCGGGGGCUGGUUCGACGGCACGCAGCAGGAGUACCCGCCGGCCGACCCCAGCGAGCACAUGUACGCCCCAAAGUACCUGCUGCAGAACUACAACCAGUUCCGCUACCUCCUGGACAACCCCUACCAGGGGCCCAGGAGCACGGCCGCAGGGGGGCCGCGGAGCAGGGGCUCAGAGGGAAGGCCCCCCGCCAGGGCCAAGUCGGACGCGGUGGAAGGCUAAGGUGGCGCGGUGUUUAGGGCCAGUGGCAGGGCAGGGGUGCGACUGCCCUCCUGUCAUCUUCCUGCCUCCUGACCUUGGGGGUCUUGAGAGAGGGGACCGGAAGUGGAUGCUGGGAGACUCUUCCCUGUCCAAGCCCUGGUGGCUCAGGGGUCAGGCCUGUGACCUCAAAAACCGUCACUCCUCAUGGUGAGAGGGGACCCUGACCCUCCCGCCCUCCAAGCGAGCUGUGCCAGGAGGUGCCGCGGAGGGUGCAGGAUGGUAACUGGGUGGCCGGGGAGGGUGGGAAGGAGCUGCAGGAGCUCCUGGUGGCCCGCGGGAGCUGCUGUGUGAAAGGCGUGCCGGGAGGUCCCCAGCUCUGUAAAUAGUUGCGUUUGGUCCCAGGCGGAAGCGGGGACGCCAGGGAAGGAGGGUGUGGAAAACAGCAUCCAGCUGAGAGGUGGCCCAGAGUCCUCGGAAGUGCUGGGCCAGGAUCCGGAAGUGCUGGGCCAGGACCCAGGGACCUCCAGCCGCCUCCCCUCAGGGCCCCAGAAGCUCCUGAGCUGACAGGCGGGGCCUGGCGAAGCCGGGGGAGGCCUCCUUUCAGUUCUGAACCUGGCGUUGAUGUCCCUUCUUACUUUUCAUCUUUCCGUCUAGUGGACUCCCACUUGGUCCUCGCAAGGCCAGGAGUCCAGUACUCAGGGUGGGAGGGGACAUCAGCCAGCCUAGUAGGUCAGACAGGGGUGCCCCACACCCCUUCCUGCCGGAAUCCCCAGCCCCAGCUCUCCACUGUCUCAGGUGGAGUUACCCUGUACCCCUUCUUGGUGUUGGCUAGGGGCCAGAAGAGCCCCGAGGCUGCCCUGGGCCCCAGAGGACCAUUAAGACCAGUUCUGUGCCAUCUCCUGCCCUUAGUGUGCCCCACGGGGGCAGGAGAUAUAUUCAUUAAAGUAGAUUCUAAGCUGCUGUAAUGGAAAGACCCCGAAAUACAGUGGUUUAAGCAAGACAGAAGCUUGUGUCUAAUUUAACUGUCUGGAGGGAGAUGGUCUGGAUCGAGUAGGGCAGCUCUGCCUCCUCAGACACACCGUCCAGCUCUGGACAGAGUGGUUGCUCCAGUUCCACCAUCACGUGCAUCCGAGCCCGGGGGGUGGGGGGAGCAGAGGGAAGCACGGAAACACACACCCUUUCCUGUCAACGGCGUGAGCCAGAGAUGGCAAAGCUGCUGCUGACCGCAGCGUGCUGGUCAGGACUUAGUCACAUGACCACAGUAGCUGCAAGGGAAGCUGGGCCUCCACGUGCCCAGCCUCAGCCUGGUUCUCUUCUU